AAUUUCCCAUUCAGCUACAUUAGGCAGUCUACCUGAGACGGACCUGACGGACCCAGUUGGAGCCAAAGAAUGGAAGUGUUGUUGGCGUUUCUGUUCCUCACUUCUGUCGCUGUUAAGGCAGAUGUGGGAAAUGUGUGUGUAUCAGGUCACGACAGAGGGCCCAUGUUUGAAGAACAGCCCAGCAGUUUAAUUUAUCCAGAGGGCUUGACUGAAGGCAAAAUAACCCUCAGCUGCCAGGCUAGAGCCAAUCCACCGGCAACCUACUCGUGGAAACUGAAUGGCACCCUGCUGGAGCUGGGGUCCAGCCGCUACACUUUAGUGGCUGGCAGCCUGGUGAUCAGCAACCCGGACAGUAUUCAGGACACAGGGUCAUACCAGUGUCUGGCUAAGAACCCGUGUGGGACCAUCAUCAGCCGGGCUGCUAAUGUCAAGUUUGGCUACCUUCAUGAUUUCCCCCCUAACAGCAGGACUUCACAGACGGUAUAUGAGGGUGCAGGGACCGUCCAUGCUUGUCAGCCCCCCCCACAUUACCCAGCUCUGUCCUAUCGCUGGUACUUCAACGAGUUCCCAAACUUCAUUAGGAAGGACGAUGGCCGCUGGUUUGUGUCACAGGUCACGGGGAACCUGUACUUGGCCAAAGCAGAGUUGAAUGAUACUGGGAACUACUUCUGCUUCACUACCAUCAAUCUGGACAUCAGCACCAAAAGCACCUUCAGCAAAGGCAGCCUGCUCACCGUAAUGCCAGACGGUAUGAUCAAUGAGCGUUUGCAUCCUGUCCCUAAGCUUCGAUGGAGGAAGGUUGACGGUUUAAUGCCGUCUAAAGCAGGCUCCUCCUCAGAGAGCCCCACCCUCACCCUACCUGAGCUCUCCUUUGAUGAUGAGGGCAUCUAUGAGUGUGAAGCCUACAAUUCUGAGGGAAAAGACACGUACCAAGGACGCAUCGUAGUGCAAGCUCAGCCGGAGUGGCUGCAGGUCAUGAGCGACUCAGAGGUGGAGAUCAGCUCCGAACUUCACUGGACCUGCUUGGCUGCUGGAAAACCUCGACCCACUGUUCGCUGGAUACGCAACGGAUUGUUUCUUUCCACGCAGGUAAAGACAGGCCAACAUGGCCGCCUGCCUAGAAUCAAAGUGACUCCAGAUGGCACUUUGUGGAUUUAUAACAUCAGCCGGGCAGAUGAAGGGAAAUAUACCUGCUUUGCUGAAAAUUACCUGGGCAAGGCCAACAGUACGGGACAUCUAUCUGUUAGAGAUGCCACCAAAAUCACUCUGGCUCCUUCCAAUGCCGACGUCAACCAGGGGGAGAACGUCACGCUGCAGUGUCAUGCCUCCCACGACCCCACCAUGGACUUGACUUUCACCUGGGCUCUUAAUGGGAUGCCGCUGGACCUGGAGAAAUCAGCUGGGCUGUACCAGCGGGUGGAGGGGAAAGAAAACAUCGGCGACCUGCUGAUCGUAAACGCUCAGCUGAGCCAGGCAGGAAUAUUUACCUGCACGGCUCAGACGGUGGUGGACAGCGCUUCUUCUUCAGCUAAACUGGUGGUCAGAGGGCCUCCUGGACCCCCUGGAGGUUUGCUGGUGAAGAACGUGGCCGAGACAUCAGUGGAGCUGAAGUGGAGUCGCGGCCAUGAUAACCACAGUCCCAUUGGCAGAUACAUCAUAAUGGGUCGAUCGUCACUCUCAUCAGAAUGGAAGAAGAUGAUGACAGAACCAGCAAACAUCGAGGGGAACGCAGAGUCUGCACGAGUGAGUGGACUUAUUCCCUGGAUGGAUUAUGAAUUCCAGGUGAUUGCCAGCAACAUUCUGGGCAGCGGAGAGCCUAGCAUGCCGUCCCACGUCAUCCGCACAAAGCAAGCAGCACCAACAGUGGCCCCUAGUGGACUUGGUGGAGGAGGAGGAAACCCCCAUGAACUGAUAGUUACCUGGACGCCCAUGGCCAGGGAGUACCAGAACGGCGAUGGCUUUGGUUACAUUCUGGCGUUCAGGAAGAAAGACACGGCAGCAUGGUCAGAGGUGCAAAUUCCACACCUGGAGUCCUCUCGAUAUGUCUACUACAAUGAAAGCCUGACGCCAUACACGGCGUUUGAAGUAAGGAUCAAAGCUUAUAACCGUAAAGGAGAAGGUCCGUUCAGUCAGCUCUCAGAGGUCUACUCUGCAGAAGAAGGUGAGUCAUUCCUGUCCUUUUCUUUGCACCAGUACUGGUUUUUAAUUGAGAUCUCUAAUAACAGCAGGGUUGGAUAUUCUUUCUUUCCUAAUUUGAGAGCACAGUUUUAAAUUGUUGUUAGAGAA